ACCCUCGAGCUGCACAAAGAAAAAUAAUUUACUCGCCAGCAGCGCAUUGGCGUUUUUUCAUUUUUUAAAGUGUACUUAAGAGUUGUUAAUAUUUUUCGCAGUGCUCGGCCCGACCACAACAAACAAUAAUAGCCGAAUAUAAGUGUGAGUGAAAAUGCAGCGAGCUGCAAUCGGCGCAAAACAGAGUGGACCGCAGAACCCAAACCCAAAAUCGAAGUCGAAAUCAGGCGAAGCCAUCAUUAGCGAGACAUUUGUAUUUGUCUGACCCCAGCGGUGUCUGAGAAUCUGAAUCGGAAUCGGAGAGUCGGAGAGAGCAGAGAACCCAAGGAAGCGCCACUCGACCGAACCGAUAUGGCUGCCGAGUCGAUGGCCCCCAAACUUCUGGUGGAGAUCACCACGGACGGGGUGCCCAAGCUGCACUGCCCGGUGUGCAACAAGGCUCUGGUCUCCCUGGCCGGAUAUGUGAAGCACGUAAAGAAGCACCAGCCGCCGGGCGGCUUCGAGUGUCGCCACUGCGAUGCUCGGUUUUGCCACGAGGAGGAGCUGACCCAGCACGCCAAGGAUGAGCACGGAGUCACCGGGUCGGCGGCUGGACAGGAACGCAAACCCUUUGUUUGCGAGAAGUGCGGGGCGGAGUACAAGUACCAGGAGGCAUAUCGGCGCCAUUGUAGAACCAAGUGUGGCGAGGAAAAACCGUCAAAGGAGGAGUCCCGACCCAUGGAGUGCAAGUGCUGCUUCACCCGCUUUUCCAGCAGCUCCAAUCUGACCAAGCACCGACGCAGUCGUCUCGACACCUGUGGCCAGCCGGAGUACGAUUCACCCGGCAGAUCGGAUCAGAAGAAACGAAAGUCCUUCCGCAAGAAGGGUAGAAACAGGGGCUCUGAUGAUGAGACCACCACCGAGGAGUCGGAUAGCGACGAUGACAUUCCUCUGGCCAGCCGGCUGAAGACGAAGCUCAAGCAGGAGAGCCAGAACUCGGACUCGGGCGACGAGUGUCCCGACUUUGAGCCAAACAACAGUGAUGACGAUGCAGAUGCAUCCGGAUUCCAGCUGCCUCCGCCGGCCAUGGUCAAGGUAGAGGCCUUUGACGAGGAGGAUUUCGAGUACCAGGACGCCAGCAUGUAUGUGAAGACGGAAAGCACCGAUAUCUUCAGCAACGAAAAGGAUAAGCUACUGGAUGUGCUGCUCAAUGAGGGCGAUGGCCUGAAGCCAUUCGAGAGCUUAAAGGUGGAACAGGGAGCUGGCAUACUAGACGAGAUUGCGGCUGUACCGUUGGUGGAGGUGGCCGAGGAAGAUGUCCUGGCUUUAAGGGGUCAUAACAAGGAGAAAACCGGGGUGAGAAAACGUGGCAGGCCGCCCAAGGAGAAGAUACCUGUGGUCAAGAGAAAGUAUCGCAAGCGAAACGCACCGAGAUCGCCCUCGCCUGAGGAUUCAUCGGGUACACCAAAACGCGUAGCUAAGAUUAGCAAAAAGGAGCUAAAAGAGCGCCUCAAAAUGAUUAACAAGAUGGAGAAGUCCUGGAAGUGUCCGCACUGCGUUAAAAUCUACCACAUCCGCAAGCCUUACGAGAAGCAUUUGCGCGAUGACCACAAGCUAAACGAGCAGGAGAUGAAGGAGAUCUUCAAGGAUGUGGACGUGCAUGCCAAGCUGGACGAGGAGGUCUUCAAGUGCCCCAUAUGCAGCAAGAUCUACUUGGUGGAGAAGCGCUUGGUCACCCACAUGAAGGUGCACGGAGAAGACGGCAAGCUGACGUUUAAGUGUCCCUGUUACUGCAACCUGUUCUUCGCCACAAAGGAACAGGCCACGGAGCACGCCCGGGCCCAGCACAAAGAGCUUCUUUACUGCGAGAAGUGCGACAAAUACAUGACCGGCCACGACAGCCUCAAGAACCACGAACGUAACUUCCACUCUAAGAAGGAACCGCGCAGUCAGCAGCGCAACUUGAUCUGCGACAAGUGUGGCAAAAAGUUCACCGGACGCACAUCGCUCUCAGAUCACGUGCGCUCCGACUGUGGCCGUCUGCCACUCUACGGCUGCAGCGUUUGCGGCAAGCAUUUGUCCACAGCUGGUAUUCUCAAGACGCACAUGCUCCUUCACAAGGCAGACACGCCGUACCAGUGCGACAAGUGUGGCAAGACAUUCAAGGUGAAGGCGCAGUACAAGUCGCACUUGAAGACGCGGCACACCGACUACAAGCCGUACAAGUGCCACCUGUGCCCUAAGGAGUAUCCGUACAGGGAGAGCUUGCUCACCCACAUGACCGUGCACACGGGCAUCAAGCGGUUCCUGUGCAACAACUGCGGCAAGCGCUUCACUUGCAUCUCCAACUUGCAGGCUCAUCGCAAGGUGCACGCCGACACCUGCGGCCAGUUGCCUUUGAAUGCCAAGGCCACCCAGUACAUGGGCGUUCAGCGAGGAAAACUCUUGAUGGGCGCCAAGCCAGAAGCGGGCAUGGAGUACGAGGAGACCAAGACCCUGAUCGCCCAGGACGUCAUCGACAGGGACAUGCCAAUGGCUCAGGAGCUAAACUUCCCAUCCGACGGCUCGGCGCCACUGGCCACCGUGCCCCUGAACUACGCCUCCACGCACCUGGUGCCCCACAUCGUACUCCAGACCAUGCAAGCCGAGGCCCGGCGACUGGAGUAACUUCGGAACACAUUCAUAUAGCGAUCCCACUCAUUAAAGAUGCUUUUGUAAACGGAUGCGUAUUCUACUGUACAACAAAUGGGAUGAUAACUACAUAAUAUCUACUUAAUGACUGGAUUAAUUAAAUAACAUUGAAAGAUAAAUAAGCUACAUAAAAUUGAUGUAGAAAAGGUUUAACGCCAUACGGACCUGUCAAAAAACAUUAAAGAAAAAUAAAUUUUCCUUAAAAAAAAAUGGUUCUGAA